AUGGGAGUCCAAGAGUUCUUUCAUUUACCAGUUUUCCUCUUCAUGUUGGUAUUGUCUCGCUCAGUUGUUGCUCAGUACCACCGUGAUACACGCGAAGUCUCCAUUUUUGGUAAGAUGCUUCAAAAACACAUUUUUAAAACAAUCACUGGAGCUGCAUUCGGUGAUGUGUGUUUGCGGGAAUGUUAUUGUGACGUCAGAUGCCAAAGCUUUAACUAUGUGUUCACACAAGACAAGUGUGAGCUGAGUAACCGCACAAAGGAAGCCAGGCCUGAAGAUUUUGUACCCGACUCUGAGAGAUAUUACUUCAGACGAGAUAUGAAGAGAGGUGAGCGUUAAGGCAAAAUGAUUUAGCUAACUGUUUUAGAGAGGGAGAUAUCGCAUUUUUUCUUCACUUUCUCAUUUUCUUACUUUCUAGCUAUUCUUGGUGCCAUUCCAGAGCUGUCUGCAGACUCGUGUAAGGAGAUCAAGGCGAGUGAAGGUGGACAAGCGGUCAGCGGAAAAUACUGGCUGAAUUUCAUCAAACCUGACACUCCUGUGUUGGUUCAUUGUGACAUGAAAACCGAAGGUAGAGUAGGACAGUUAAACAGAAUACACAUGCACUAA